AUGGAGGCAGUCACAGCUCUGGAGGUGCCCUCGGGAUCCACACUGAAGGUGAAAGAAACGCACACCGCUGAUGCUGAAGGACCCCCCGCUUCAUCUCGACAAGAGUCCAGCAGCCCCAUUCCCCAGCUCCUGCCCCAUAUAGAAGAGCACCCCAAGAUCUGGCUACCUCGGACCCUGAGGCAGACCUAUAUCCGGAAGGUCGGAGACACUGUGAACCUACUAAUCCCAUUCCAGGGCAAACCCAAACCUCGAGCCACCUGGACACAUGAUGGCUGUGCCUUGGAUGCCAGCCGUGUGAGUGUGCGGAAUGGGGAGCAGGACUCCAUCCUCUUCAUCCGAGAAGCCCAACGUGCUGACUCGGGUCGCUACCAGCUCAGUGUGCAGCUGGGAGAGCUGGAGGCCACUGCCACCAUUGACAUCCUGGUGAUCGAGAGGCCAGGCCCUCCUCAGAGUAUCAAGUUGGUGGACGUUUGGGGCUCCAAUGCUACUCUGGAGUGGACACCUCCCCAAGACACGGGCAACACGGCACUCCUGGGAUACACCUUGCAGAAGGCUGACACAAAAUCUGGGCUGUGGUUCACGGUGCUGGAGCGUUAUCACCGCACCAGCUUCACAGUCUCCAACCUCAUCGUGGGCAACUCCUACGCCUUUCGAGUCUUUGCUGAGAACCAGUGUGGGCUCAGUGAGACAGCCCCCAUCACAGCCGACCUUGCCCACAUCCAGAAAGCAGCAACUGUCUGCAAGAUCGAGGGGUUUGUGCAACGAGAUUUCUCUGAAGCCCCGAAGUUCACCCAGCCUUUGGCGGACUGCACCACAGUCACCGGCUAUGACACCCAGCUCUUCUGCUGUGUCCGCGCGUCUCCUAAGCCAAAGAUCAUCUGGCUGAAGAACAAGAUGGAUAUCCAAGGCAACCCCAAGUACAGAGCUCUCAGUCACCUGGGAAUCUGUUCUUUAGAAAUCCGCAAGCCAGGUCCCUUUGACGGGGGAAUCUACACCUGCAAGGCGGUUAACCCCCUGGGGGAGGCGUCUGUGGACUGUCGGGUGGAUGUGAAAGCUCCUCAUUGAGGCUCCCCAAGAGGAUUAGGG